ACACGCUGUUGCUCUGAGAGAUAAUUUUCGUCGCGAGUAAAUAAUUCUGGUACAUUGAGGAGAGUAAAUAACCGGCGUAUAAAUAUGUGCCUAACGUCACUGGCAAACCACUUCACAAUUUUAUACUCUCUGGUUCGUCGUAAAAGUGUGAACACUUACGAAAUUUUUGUGUUUUAUUUUUGUUGUUUGGAAAGGAAGUUAUUUUUCAUUGCAGUUCUUGACAAGCAAUUAAAGUACUUUUAGUGAUCAACAUUUUCUUCAAAUUUAAAACAUGGCACCCGUACCUGACAAUUUCGAUUACGAUCUGGUCGUCAUAGGCGGAGGAUCUGGUGGAUUGGCAUGCGCUAAAGAAGCCGUAGUACAGGGCGCCAAAGUAGCCGUAUUGGAUUAUGUGAAACCGUCGCCGCAAGGCACCAAAUGGGGUCUCGGUGGGACAUGCGUCAAUGUCGGUUGCAUUCCCAAAAAGUUGAUGCAUCAGGCUGCUUUGCUGGGCGAAGCGGUCCAUGAGGCGGCUGACUAUGGUUGGUCCAUCGACAAGGAAAGCGUUAAAAUUGAUUGGGACAAAUUGAAGACAUCGGUACAGAAUCACGUUAAGUCGGUGAAUUGGGUGACCAGAGUUGAUUUGCGUGAUAAGAAAGUUGAGUACAUCAACGGACUGGGAUAUUUCAAAGAUGCGCAUACGAUUGGAGCCCUAAUGAAAAAUAAUACGGAAAAGUCGAUUACGGCAAGAAAUGUGGUCAUAGCCGUCGGUGGACGGCCGAGAUAUUCAAACAUUCCCGGUGCUGUGGAGUAUGGCAUUACCAGUGAUGAUAUUUUCAGUUUGGACCGCGAACCAGGCAAAACUUUAAUCGUUGGAGCUGGAUAUAUUGGCCUAGAGUGUGCCGGUUUCUUAAAUGGACUGGGCUACGAUGCAACCGUUUUGGUUCGAUCGGUUGUUUUAAGAGGAUUUGAUCAGCAAAUGGCUGACAUGGUCGCGAAUGCUGCAACGGAAAAGGGUGUCAAGUUCGAAUACAAAUGCCAACCGAAGUCCAUUGAAAAAACCAGCGACAACCGUCUGCUCGUCAAAUAUGCAUACGACGAUGGCCGAGAGGUAUCUGAUGUAUUCGACACUGUACUGUUUGCGGUCGGACGCAAGGCAUUGGUCGACGAUUUAAAGUUAGAAAAUUCCGGCGUGAUCAUUAAGCCGAACGCAGACAAAAUCGAUGUGGACGAAUACGAACGGACCAAUGUGCCUCACAUCUAUGCCGUGGGCGAUGUGUUACAAGGUCGACCUGAACUUACUCCAGUUGCCAUUUUGGCAGGCCGCUUAUUAGCUCGUCGUAUGUUCGGCAACAGUACCGAACUGAUGGAUUACGAUGAUGUCGCAACCACAAUCUUUUCGCCAUUGGAAUACGGAUGCGUUGGUUUGAGUGAGGAAAAGGCAAUCGAACGGCAUGGCGAAGACAAUGUGGAAAUUUACCAUGCUUACUACAAGCCAACCGAAUUCUUUAUACCUCAAAAGUCGGUAAGGCAUUGUUAUCUGAAGGCUGUGGCUUUGCGUGAGGGUGAUCAGCGUGUAAUUGGGUUGCACUAUGUGGGACCGGUAGCUGGAGAGGUGAUUCAAGGAUUCGCCGCUGCAUUGAAAUCGGGGCUAACAUUCAAAACUCUGCAAAAUACUGUCGGCAUUCAUCCAACCACAGCCGAAGAAUUCACUCGACUCAAUAUUACCAAACGAUCCGGAUUAGAUCCAACACCGGCCACAUGCUGCAGUUAAUUCAUCGCUGUGUCACCGGAACAUUUAAAUUCGAGGAACAUUUCGUAACCGCCCAACGACACUCAAUUUGAUUUUUAAUUGUUUCUAUUGGACACAUCAUUUUGGACCAAUCCAGUACGCUUUGCAGAAGGUUUUCUUUCCUCAAUUUAUUUGUUAGUUGAUUUUGCCGCAAAAUAAAUUCUUUUACAAACACAAAAGCGGA